GGAGAACAUAUGUUGGAGAAGAAAGCGAGAACAAGAGAGAGAAGGACAUAGAUGAAGAGAGGGGGAAAACAGAAGAACAUAGACCUCUCUGAGACAUCUGCGGCAUUACUCUACCAGUGUGUUUAGGAGUGUGUGAGUGUUACAUUUUAACUGACCUUGUGUGUGUGUGUGUCUCUCUAUGUGACUUUCCCUGGUCAUGGAUAUACCACUGACCACCCCACUCCUCCUCGCCCUCCUUCUCUGCUCCCUCUCCUUCGUUCACGGGGCCAUGGACUCCUGCUACGAUGACGACGAGGGCGUCCCUAGCCGCUGCAUGCCCAAGUUCGAGAACGCAGCCUUUAACCGCACGAUCAUGGCUUCCAAUGUGUGCGGUUCACCGCCAGAGGAUUACUGCAUGCAGACGAGCUCGACGCGCUCCUGCCACCACUGUAGUGUGUCGGCCAUGGGCCUCAGCCACAACGCCAGCCUACUGACGGACUUCCACACGGACGAGGAACCCACCUGGUGGCAGAGCCAGUCCAUGUUCUACAGAGUCCAGCACCCUAACUCUGUGAAUCUCACCCUGCGCCUCGGUAAGGCCUUUGAGAUCACCUACGUGCGGCUCAAGUUCUACACCAGCCGACCGGAGAGCUUUGCCAUCUACAAGCGGACAAAUCAGGAUGGACCAUGGAUGCCUUACCAGUACUACAGCGCCUCCUGUAGCAAGACCUACGGGAAGAACGCCAAGGGAUAUAUCCGCCCGGGGGACGACGAGAGGAUGGCAUUGUGCACCGACGAGUUCAGUGACAUCUCCCCUUUGACUGGGGGCAACGUGGCCUUCUCUACUUUGGAGGGACGACCCAGCGCAUAUAACUUUGACCAGAGCGCCGUGCUGCAGGUGAGGAUGUGUGUGCGUACGUGUGUGUGCGAGUGA